AUUCAUUCUUCUUUCCUCCUUAAACCCUAACCCCUAAAGACUCCCCCUUUACUACUACCACCGCCAUGCCCUCAGCCGCUGACGACGGUGCGAAAGCCGUUGGCUUGGACGCGCUUCACCGGUUGAAGUCGACGGAGCCGCCGCUCUACCUUACACCGUCGCCGGAGCUCUCCAAGGCGGCUCGAUUAGCCUCGAAAUACUUAUUCUCAUCUCUCAAUCCUUACGCUCCUAAAUGCCCAUUCGGUCAACUCUUAACUGAAGGCUUCGACGCUGAGCAGAUAUGGCAGCAAAUCGACCUCCAGGCGCAGCCUUUGCUGUCCUCGCUCCGACGUCACGUCAGGAAUUUCGAGAAGAAUCCGGAGGAAAUCGGGAAGCAAUUCAAUUUGGAUAGAGCUGAUGGAAAGGAGGAGAAUGUGAAGGAGGAUGGAGAACAUAAAGAAAUAAAGGGUGAAGAAAGUGAAAGUGAGGGUUUGGAUGAAGAUGAUGAUGAUGAUGAUGAUGAUGAUGAGGAGGAGGAGGAGGAGGAAGAAGAAGAAGAAGAAGAAGGGGAUGAACAUGACGACGAAGACGAACAGAUGGAGAAUGUUGAGAGAGAAAAUGUGAAUGGAGUGGAGGAUGAGUUUUUGAAGAUAAAGGAAUUGGAGAAGUAUCUGGUGGAAGAUGAGGCAAGAGAAUAUGGACUAAAGAAGGAGAAGAAAAAUCAGAGGAAGAGAGGUGAAACUGCGGAUGAGGAUGAGGAGGGUGAAGAUGAAGAUGGUGGUGAAGACGAGGAGGAUGAGGAUGGUGAAGAAGAGGAUGAUGAGCUUGGACUUAUGGGGCUUGAUGACGACGAAGAUGAUGAUGAUGAAGAUGGGAAGAAGAUGGAAACUGCAAGAUAUGAAGACUUCUUUGGCGGUAAAAGAACUGGCCCAAAGAAAAAGCCUAAACAUUUUGGUGGAUCAGAUGACUCGGAUAUGGAUGAACCUAAUGAUGACAAUGCCAAUCAGAAGAAACAAAGUCUUUCUACACAUGAAAAAGAGCUAGAGAGACUCCGUUCUGAGAUAGAGGAAAUGGAGAAAGCAAAUCUGGAACCAAAGACAUGGACUAUGCAAGGCGAGGUCACUGCUGCUAAAAGACCAAAAAAUAGUGCUCUGGAAGUUGAUCUAGAUUUUGAGCACAAUGUGAGACCAGCUCCAGUAAUCACAGAAGAGGUCACUGCAUCUCUUGAAGAUUUAAUAAAGAAACGUGUAAUUGAGGGCCGAUUCGAUGAUGUCCAGAAGCCACCUACUUUAUUAAGCAAGGCACCAAGAGAGAAAAAGGAGUUGGAUGAAAAUAAGAGCAAAAAGGGCCUUGCUGAACUUUAUGAGGAUGAGUAUGCUCAGAAAACUGGCCUCGUGUCUACCGCAUUAUCUUUCUCCGAUGAACAAAAGAAAGAAGCUAGUAUGCUCUUCAAGAAACUGUGUGUGAAGUUGGAUGCUCUAUCUCAUUUCCACUUUACUCCAAAACCAGUUAUUGAAGAUAUGUCAAUACAAGCAAAUGUUCCUGCCCUAGCAAUGGAAGAGAUUGCACCUCUGGCGGUGUCUGAUGCAACUAUGCUCGCUCCUGAAGAAGUAUUUUCUGGCAAAGGAGACAUUAAAGAAGAAACAGAGCUAACAAAGGCGGAGAGGAAGAGGAGAAGAGCAAAUAAGAAAAGAAAGUUUAAAGCUCAAGCUGUCAAACGAAUGGCCAUGAAGGUACAGCUGAACACAUCUACAAAACAUGGCAAUGGCAAUGAGGAGUCAUGAAUGCAACAAUUUCUCAAACAAGAUUUUUCCUUGCCUUCCACCAGCUGUGAUUGACUCUCAACUUCCACUGCCUCUCCUGAAGUAUUCAACAGGAAGAAGAAAGAGUUUAGAAUGGAGAAUUGGCUGUGAAGCUGAGGGUGAAGGGAUAAAGUUUUUUAUACUGAUAAGCAGCCACUAGUCGCCUGCCAAAUAUGAAUUUUGACUCGCUGAGUUUAUGGUAUUGCGGCUAUGUUUUGCAAAUUGAUACGUCAGAAAUGGAACUGUGAUCCUGUGAACAAGAUGGGGCAGCAGUUCCGACCUUUGACUUAGUAAUGCUAUACGCAUCUAAUUCCUUAUUGCCCUUGGUUCUCUUUGUACUAUUUAAUAUAACUCGAGCCCUUGGACAACUGAUUCCCUGUGUCUGUUGUUUGGCAAUACAAAAUAUAAGAUAGUAAUAUAUGUUAUAAGGGGCAUUGAUUGAUUGAGCAGAUGUUUGAAGCAAGUUUAAUUGUGAUGUUUCUCCUAUGUUGCUUUUAUUUGUCCUACGUUUGCUU